AUGAUAAAGUCUACACGUGAAGAAGCAGAGACUGCUAAAACUCCCGUCGAUGUGGAUAUCACAAUAGACUCUAACGCACCAUUGCAUGGGAAUAUCUAUGCUGUGGUUGGAGCCAUUCAUGCAAUGUUCGAGGAAUGGUCGCUGAAUUAUGGAUUGUUUCACUUGAAGGCGAAGAUUGUCUACUAUCUGCAUGCUGUCUCCAGCGUUCUUGGAUUGACAGCAUAUUCUUCACGCUAUGCUGAAGAGUUUCGAGACUGCGCAAAUUGUAUCUAUCAUGUACAUCGUACUGAUGGCUUAGCAGCGGAUGAGUUUCCAUCACCUUAUGCUCAUCCUACUCGAAAUUUCUCUGUGGAUAAUCCGUUCUCGCUAUGGAGAGCUGUGGCUGGAAUUCUACAACCUCCUAUGACACAAUCGUUAGCUGGAAGUAGUAGCAAAGUGGCGAGAAUGUUGACUGUCCUUGGGGUGGGACAAGGAGUUGGUCGGCUGAAUCUCAUGGCAGAUGUUCAUCGGCUACUGGGCAGGAACUGGGAAAGACGUUUGCGGCUAGAUCCAUCGCAGGUUGAACGAAUCGCUCAGAUUAUGUUUAGCACAACGACAUCUGCUGCGCAAAAAAGUGCCAGCCUUGUAUCGGAAUUUGGCUUCACUCGUUGGACGAUAGAACAGCUACCACCUUCUAUAGGACUUUUUCUUGGCAGCAUCAUUGUUGGGCAUCAUACAUCUACCGAGUUGUUUCAGUUCAAAAGACCACAAACAACAACAACGUUCCCACAACCUGAAGAAAUGGCUCAAAUUGCGCGAAUCCGAUGGCCAAGAGAUGUUCGGCGUGAUAAUGUUCGUGCUAUGUUAGACAGUACAAAACCGGUGUUGAUAGCCACACAACAUCUAGAUGCGGGUACAGAUGGAGAAAUUAGAGAAGCUCAGGAACAGUUUUUGUCAGCUACAUGGACGCGUUAUCUUUCUCAAGCAUUUGGUCGCGCUUUUCUUGAAUUAAGAACAGUAUUACCAAAUCCAACGGAACCGCUUCAUGUACCUGAUUUAUGUUUAUCAGCUAGAAUCUAUCCCUCUAAUCUCACAUACGAUCUCACAGUGACCGAGAAUCUGAAACAGCUGAAGGAAUGGGGUGAAUUUUAUAAUGGAGUUGCUGCUGGACUCCGAGUUGUUGGUGCCGAUGUUACUAAAGUGGAUCAUGAAUGGUUAACGUUGUGCCAUGGAAACGAUAAAGUGAGCUUUUACAUGGUAUAUAAAGUUCUGCAUCUAGCAAAUAUCAUUUUCUCUUUGCUUGCAUAA